CUGUAAAAGAAGUCAGGCUGAAAAAGUCAGCCUGCUUUGCACGUGUUGAUACAUUGAUGUUAACACACAAGCGGAUAUAAACAACAGUUUGAAAAAACAAAGGGUCGGUUACACUUCACCAAUUCUCAAAAAAAAAAUCUCUUGAUCUCCUAUGCCACUAUGAAGUACAUUCUGGUCACUGGAGGUGUGAUUUCGGGUAUCGGCAAGGGCAUUAUCGCCAGCAGUGUGGGCACUCUCCUCAAAUCUUGCGGCCUUCAUGUCACAGCCAUUAAAAUAGAUCCAUACAUCAAUAUUGAUGCUGGCACUUUUUCACCUUAUGAACAUGGGGAGGUUUUUGUGUUAGAUGACGGCGGAGAGGUGGAUCUGGAUUUGGGUAACUAUGAGCGUUUCCUGGACAUCCGUCUGACAAAGGACAACAACCUUACCACAGGGAAGAUUUACCAGUCAGUCAUUAACAAGGAAAGGAGAGGAGACUACUUGGGCAAGACGGUGCAAGUCGUUCCCCACAUCACAGAUGCCAUCCAGGAGUGGGUGAUGAAUCAAGCCAAGGUCUCAGUAGAUGGUGAUGGCGUGGAGCCUCAAGUUUGUGUUAUUGAGCUGGGGGGAACGGUGGGAGACAUCGAGAGCAUGCCCUUUAUCGAGGCCUUCAGACAGUUUCAAUUCAAAGUGAAGAGGGACAACUUCUGCAAUAUUCACGUCAGCCUUGUACCACAGCCGAACACUACAGGAGAGCAGAAAACUAAGCCCACACAAAACAGCGUGCGGGAGCUGAGAGGUCUCGGCUUAUCUCCUGACUUGAUAAUGUGCCGCUGUACGACACCCUUGGAAACAGCAGUGAAAGAGAAAAUAUCUAUGUUUUGUCAUGUGGAGCCAACACAGGUAAUCUGUGUGCAUGAUGUGUCUUCAGUCUACAGAGUGCCUUUACUGCUGGAAGAACAGGGUGUUGUCAGCUACUUCUGCCAGAGACUGAACCUGCCUGUUGAGAUGAGGCCCAGAAAGAUGCUCUUUAAGUGGAAGGAGAUGGCUGAUAGAUCUGACCGACUGCUGGAGCACGUUUCCAUCGCCCUAGUGGGGAAGUACACAAAGCUGUCAGACUCCUACACGUCCGUCAUUAAAGCCCUGGAGCACUCGGCACUUGCCAUCAGUCACAAGCUCGAGGUCAAGUACAUAGACUCGGCCGACCUAGAACCGGCCACUUUGCAGGAAGAGCCAGUAAAAUAUCAUGAGGCCUGGCAAAAACUCUGCAGCUCAAACGGCGUAUUGGUUCCUGGUGGUUUUGGUGUGAGAGGAACAGAAGGCAAGAUGCUGGCCAUAAACUGGGCAAGAAAACAGAAUAAACCCUUCCUGGGUGUGUGUUUGGGCAUGCAGCUGGCUGUGUGCGAGUUCGCCCGCAAUGUUCUUGGUUGGGAAGAUGCCAACUCAACAGAAUUCAACCCGGAUUCUAAGUACCCAGUGGUGAUCGAUAUGCCUGAGCACAACCCGGGCCAGAUGGGAGGCACAAUGAGGCUUGGCCAGCGGCGAACUAUUUUCAAAUCCCAAACCAGUGUGUUGAGAAAACUCUACGGAGACGUGGACCAUGUUGACGAGCGGCACAGGCACAGAUUCGAGGUGAACCCUGAGCUUAAGCACCACUUUGAAGAGAAAGGACUCCAGUUCGUUGGCCAGGACGUCGAGGGGGAGCGGAUGGAGAUCAUUCAAUUAGAGGAACAUUGCUACUUUAUCGGAGUGCAGUAUCAUCCCGAAUUCACCUCCAGGCCCAUCAAACCUUCACCACCCUAUUUUGGCCUCUUGUUGGCUUCCGCCGGCAAACUCCAGAGCUACCUGGCCAAGGGCUGCCGCCUGUCUCCACGGGACACGUACAGCGACCGCAGCGGAAACAGCUCACCCGAUGUUGACAUUGCCGAACUCAAGUUCCCGUCCUUGUCGUGAAAAUGAAGGCCUGUGACGACUAUUAGACAAAGUGCCACUCAAAAUGAGAUUUUUCGGCCUAAUGGGUAAAAUAUAAUGUUGAUUGUUUAUACUCUUCGGGGAAUGUAUAAAGCUUCGAGGGAGAUCUAAAAAAAGAUUAUUUUUUUUUUCAGUAAAAGAUGUGGUAUUAAAAGUACAAUAACGUAUUAUCUCUGGGAUGGAAUAGUAAAGUGAAUGGUAUUAUAUUAUGCAAUUAGCUUUAAAAAAGUUUUACAUACAGUGAGGAGCAGAAGUAUUUCACCCACUUAGAAAAUGGGUAGAGGUCUGAAAUUUCAAUCAUAGAUGCAGUUCCACUUACAGACAUAAUCUAGAAAAAUUCGGAACACACAUUGUAUGAUUUUUUUAAAAAAUAAUUUGUAAUUUACUGGGGUUCAUAAGUAUUUGCACCCCUGAGAAAAUCAGUGCUAGUAUUUAGUGCAGAAGCCUUUGUUUGCAAUUACAGAGGUCAAACGCUUUCUGUAGUUCUUCACCAGGUUUUCACAUAUGGAAACAGGGAUUUUGGCCCAUUCCUCCACACAAAUCUUCUCUAGAUCUGUCUGGUUUCGGGGCUGUCGUUGAGAAACACAAUUUCAGCUCCAUCCAAAGAUUUUCUCUUGGAUUGAGGUCUGGAGACCGGCAAGGCCACUCCAGAACCUUGAUAUACUUUUUACGCAGCCACUCCUUGGUCAGCUUCGCUGUGUGCGUUGGAUUAUUGUCAUGUUGGAAGAUCUAGCCACGACUUGUCUUCAAGUCUCUGACUGAGGGGAGGAGGUUGUGGCUCAAAAUCUGACGUUACAUUUCACCAUUCAUCUUCUGCUUUAUACAGUACAGUCGUCCUGUCCCCUUUGCCAAAAAGCAGCCCCAAAGCAUGAGGUUUCCACCCCAUAUUUCACAGUGGGGAUGGUGUUUUUGGGAUUGUACUCAUCCUUCUGUUUCCUCCACACACGAUGAGCGAAGUUUGCACCAAAAAGUUCUACUUUGCUCGAAUCUGACCAUAUGACUUUCUCCCAUGACCCCCUCUGCAUCAUUCAGAUGGUCCCUGGCAAACUUCAGAAGGGCUUUCAAUGUAAUGGCUUCAACAGGGGAACCUUCUGAGCAAUGCAUGAUUUUAAACCACCGUAUUGUUCUACUGACAGUAGCCUUUGAAACUGCAUCCACUUCUCUUCAGGUCAUUGACCCGUUCCUGCCGUGUUGUCCUAGGCUGAGCCCUUACUUUUCUCAUCAUGAGUGUAGCCCCACGAGGAGAGAUUUUACAUCGAGCCCCUGUCCAAGGUAGAUUAUCAGUCAUGUUUAGCCUUUUCCAUUUUCUAACAAUUGCUGCAACUGUUGAUUUAUUCUCACCAAGCUGCUUUCCAAUUGUCCCAUAGCCUUUUACAGCUUUGUGGAGCUGAAGAAUUUUUUUCUCUGGUGUCUUUCGUAAGCUUUCUGAUCUUGCCCAUGGUAGCAGUUGGAUUAUGACUGACUGUGGGGUGCACAGGUGACAAUUAUGAGCUCAAAUGGGUGGUGGGUGGUUACUCAUGGGGUAAAGAUGGGACUUUUUUAAAGGUAGACUGACAACUCUAUGAGUGUCAUAACUAUUGUUGAUUCUCAGGUGUACAAAUACUUAUGAACCCCAGUAAAUUACAAAUAAAUUACUGAAAAAUUAUACAAUGUGAGUUCCGGGUUUGUUUUUUUAGAUUCUCUACAAAUGGAAAGGCAUUUAUGAUUGAAAUUUCAGACCUCUACGUAUUAAGUGGGUGAACUUGCAAAAUCACAAGGAGUGCAAAUACUUCUGUUCCUCACUGUAAAUGAAUUAUUUUGCAUUGACAAAAAUUGUACAAGGUUAAAGACUGGUGUGUGUUCCUGGAAACUACUCCACUUUUUCUUUCAUGCAGUUUCAUGUACAUAGCAACUGUUUUUACACUGACAUGGAGUGUGUAUAUACAUAGAUUAUUAUCAGUUUUUUAUUAUCACUGACAUGCUUUUUGUUAGUCUGUGUGCCGUUCGCGACACGGUUAUGAACACGUAAAAUACAUCAGGUUUAGUUUUAUCACUUCUGCCUUGAUGAAAUAAACAGCCUCAGCAUAAUGUUUUAUUCAUUACCUUUUCACGAGCUUUAUUUUAAGCCUAAAAAAGGGGCAUUUUCAGCCCUCCAGUUUUGGUUGUAUUUUGAAGCAGCAGCAUUUUGCUUACCCACUAGUAAAGAUGAGCGCUGUAGAAAUAUUUUCAAAUUAUCGUACAAAAAAAAAAAAAAAAGAUCCAAACCAACAGUCUCUUCAUUGCUCGAAAAAUAUGAAUUUGUCAGAAAUCACUAAAGCUACACUAAUGCUUUGAGGAACAACAAGUACAAUUUUAAAAACAAAAAUACAUGGCUUUUACUUUGACAUACUGUACUGUGACCUUUGGUGUACAGUUGGUUUCUGAACGGCCUUUACCAGAAGAAUCUAAAACUGCGGACUUCCUCUUUUUGGUUUGCAUUGGUUCCGUUAUGCGGAUGAACCUGCCAAGAUAAAUGAUUGGUUACUCACAUUCUCAGAGGUCU